CUGGCGGCGGCGGGCGGAGGAGCCGGCGGAACCGUGCUGCCGCCGCCGCUGUUUCCGGCGGAGCCGGGGGAGGUGGCACCGGGGCGGUGGGACUCGGCUUGAGGAUGGCGGCGCGCUGGGUCGCCCGCGGCCUGCGGAGCGGGCGGGAGGGGCGGCGGUUCAUCUCCACGCAGACUGUCUCUCGGCUGACAUCAGAAGAAGUUAUUCGGAUGCGUAAUGAGCUCUUUACCAAAGAGAAAGAGAGGCAGUUGUCUCUGUAUCCACGAAUUGAGAAAAUUGAAGUAAAAUACACUGGGAAAUCUCACCCUGGCACUGUGUUUGUGAUGAACAAAGCUUUGUCUACUCCUUACAAUUGUGCCAUGCACUUAAGUGAGUGGCACUGCAAGAAAUCUGUUCUAGCUCUUGUGGAUGGUGAAGUCUGGGAUAUGUACAGACCCUUGACCAAAUCAUGUGAAAUUCAGUUCCUUACUUUCAAAGAUGAAGAUCCAGAGGAAGUAAACAAGGCCUAUUGGCGUUCCUGUGCCAUGAUCAUGGCAUGCGUUUUAAAGCGAGCAUUCAAAGAUGAGUACUCAGUUAAUCUCAUUAAAGCUCCAGAAGUGCCAGUGAUCUCUGGAGCUUUCUGUUAUGAUCUAAUUUUGGACAAUAGACUGAAUGACUGGAAGCCAACAAAUGACAACUUCCGUUCUCUUACAAGGGACGCCAGAAAGCUAAUUAAUAAAGACCUGCCAUUUGAAACACUGCAUGUUGAAGCAAAAGUAGCACGUGAAAUGUUUCAGCAUAACAGGUACAAAAUGGAUAUGAUAGAACAGAAAGCUUCUCAGAAUGCAGAAGGAAUUGUAACAUUACAUAGGUUUGGUGACUUUGUAGAUGUUAGUGAAGGCCCUCAUAUUCCAAGGACAAGUUUCUGUUUCCAGUAUGAGAUAACGGCAGCCCAUAAUCUUCAGACUAACCAAUCUGAAUUGAUAAGGAGGUUCCAGGGUCUGUCCCUGCCAAUCCAUUUGAAGGCUCAUCAUGUCGUGUGGCACAAACUGUUGGAAAGAUCGAAGAAACUGGUCUCUGAAGAAAAAUUGGGAGCAGCAGCAGAACGUCUUGAGGCAAAAGAUGAAACUGAAGAAGGAAAAACUGUAUCAAUUUAAAUUAACCUCUAAAUGUACAUAAUAAAAUAUGUAUUUUUACAUGA